AUGGUGGAUUGUAAAGUUGAAGGACAACCACCAGCUAAAUAUAUGUCACCAUUGAACUGGAAUUACGAAUUGGCUGAACAAGCACAACAACUAGCAAAUAAAUGUGUCCUACGUCAUGAAUUGGCUAAGUCGAAGAAUUUCAAUUGGGUUGGACAGAAUAUAGCUCUUCAUCCGACUAUUGAGUCUGGUAACUGGAAUAAUGAGAAACCGUAUGAAGUGAAAUCACGUGAUUUAUGUCCUGGAGCACAAAGUACAGAUACUGCGAGCUCCAGUUCGCCUACAAUUAGUUCGGAGAAUGAAAAAACCAUUUCAAACUCACCUGAACAACAGACAGAUUCAGUAGACAAAAAUACUGAUUCAGCUAUACAAAAUACAGACAAUGCGAUCCGUCAUUCGCCUACAAUUAAUUCGGAGAAUGAAAAAACCAUUUCAAACACACCUGAAGAACAGACAGAAUCAACAGACGAAAAUGCUGAUUCAGCUGUACAAAAUACAGACAAUGCGAUCCGUCAUUCGCCUACAAUUGGUUCGGAGGAUGAAACGACCAUUUCAAACACACCUGAAGAACAGACAGAAUCAACAGACGAAAAUACUGAUUCAUCAGCUGUUGGGAAAGAAAUUUGCUAUCCUGUACUAAAGAACAACUUAUUGAAAGAAAACAUUUCAACAAUCAAUACUGAUUGUGAUUAUAUUUCUCCAUAA